AUGUGCACCCCUAAUUACAUUCGAUCCGACUCUCCAGUCACGGAUCUGUCUUUUUACUCUCUUCGGUUAAACACCAACAUUCCAACCACAUAUGCUACCACGAGACCAUUUGGGUUUCAGCCGUUUUCUCCGGGGCCGUCGUUUUUCCCGCAGAAGCGCGCACCCGUAAGCUCUGCGGCGGCUGCUAGGGCCGCGUCCGAGGCGGUACGCUCUUUGCAGCGCCAUGCGCCGCCGCCCGCCAUGCGCUACCGACCGCACGAACUCCAGCCGCCUGACGCAUUUCCUUCUUCAUCAUCCGUCACAACUUCUGCGCCGACAUCUUCUGAGCGCAGCUUUGGCUCUGAUUCGUCAGAAUCCUUGGGCGGCCACCCGUUCUUCAGAGCGCAUGGCAUCCGGCUUCCACGCCUCAAGUCCGUGUCGAGCGCCAUGGGCUCGCGCAGCACGAGCGUCGGCGCAUGCGUCGGCGCAGGCAUCAGCGCAGACUCCCCCGCACCCGCUGGCGCUGAACUUUCGGGCGCUGCGGCAAUCUCGCACGAGGCUUCUAUUGGACUACCAUCCAGUAUUUCUUACCCUCACAGCAGACUAGACUUGCUUGUUCAAACCGCAACAGCCUCUCCCGGAAGUCUAGAACCAAUGCUUCCUCCAUUUCUCGGUUAUAAAGGUCCCGCAGGGUACCCUGCGCAGGUUCCGCGCCCACCUUCGCUUUGUUCUUCGCGCUCUUCCUCCUCUUCUAUUCCGCCUGUGCCGCGCACCCCAACCGCCGCCCACAGCGCUCACAUCGGACCAUCCAGAAAUCUGAUCGAUGACUCCGCAAUGUACGUCAAGGAGUCGUUGCCGGAACAAUUUGAGCAUGCGCGCCACCAUGCGCAUCUGCAUACACACAUGCACGCACACGCGGAUGGCCGCAGAAACGGCGCUGAUGGCGCUGACGGCGCCGCAGGCAAGAAGCGCAGGCAUGAGUCUCUAAACGAUUUCUCUUCAUCCAGUCCUAUUGCAAUCAAGUUGGCCUCACCAUCAACCUCUACCAAAAGACAGCGUUCUGGACCAUCGUGCGAUUGUUGCAGAUCGAGAAAAAUUAAGUGCGAUUCAGAGAUUGUGAUCUUAGCGCAUCUUCCCGACGGUAUAUCCGAUAAAGCGGCUGACGGCAGCCGCAAAUCCCAGAUAGCGCACUGCGAGUGGAUAGCCGCAGACGCAGAUACCGGAUAUCAGUACUUUAAAAUUGUGCGCCCAACGGAUUGGGAGGCUGCGCCAUCAUCGUCGCGCCGCGCCAAGCUGGGAACUUUCAACUAUCUGAAAUUCAAGCCUUGCAAAGCCUGCAAUUCGAAGAAUCUCGAUUGCAAAUUCACCAAGGGCUUCACUAGAAAUGAUAUCAUCAAGUUUAACAAGUGCCAAAGGGAGCGCAGGGGCAGCCUGGAGCGCAGUGCAAGCUGUUCCUCGGAGCGCAACCCUGCGCAGAUGGCGGAUGAUCCCCGCAGGCCUGCGGCCGAUUCGGCGCGGUCCAGGAGAAGUUCUUCCGCGCACGGCUCUCGGGCUUCGAAGAAAACCUCGUGCCGCGUCUGCAGAGUCAAAAAGAUCAAAUGCAUAAAAAUUGACGGCUCCUCGAGUUGUCUGAACUGCACGCGGAAACUUUUGCAGUGCUCUUAUGAUUAA